AUGAAGUUCUUCGUGCCGCUCGUCGUGGGCACCGUCGCCUUCCUCUCCUCGCAGGUGGACGCCAACGGUGUGUGCUACGACCCCAAUCACGGCACGGGCAUGAGCGCGUCGUCGGUGCAGGCCGACAUGCAGACUAUCGCUGGCCACGGCUUCGACAGCGUGCGCACCUUCAUCUCCAAGUUCGGCAACACGGAACUGGGCCCGAUCAUCGCUGCGGCCGGCCUCAAGGCCAUGCUGGGCGUGCCGUACCCGCAGAGCGACUACCAGGAGCAGAUGGCCGCCGCCAUCAAGGCCGCGCAGGCCGGCGGCGUCUAUGCCAUCAUGGUGGGCAACGAGAACCUUGCGGGUGCCUCGAGCGUCCCGGGCGACAUGAUCAGCGUCAUCCAGCAGAUCAAGUCGCAGGUGCCCAGCGGCGUGCUGGUCGGCACGGUGCAGCGCAACACGGAGGUGAUCAACUACCAGUCCGUCUCGGGCUGGUCGGAGCUCGUCUCGGCCUGCGACCUGCUCGGCGUGAACGCGCACCCGUUCUUCAGCCCCAACACGGUCGCCGACAACGCCAUCCAGGUGCUCAACAACCAGUGGCAGACCAUGGUGGCCACCUUCGGCAGCAAGCUCAUUCUGACCGAGACCGGCUGGCCCUCGAGCGGCUCGCUCAUGGGCAACUUCGGUAGCGUCGAGGGCGCCGAUACGUUCUACAACGCGUACCAGCAGUGGAGCAGCUCCAUGGGCGAGAAGUUCUACUUCCAGAUGUUCGACACGCCCUACCGGAGCGAGGAGUUCGAGAAGACCUUCGGCGUCGUGACGGCCGAUGCGCAGGACAAGUUCGGCAUCUCGGUGCAGGUGUCGGUCUCCGUCGGCCAGACGAACAAGCAGCAGCAGCAACAGACUCCGUCCACGGAGGUUCCCUUUACUGAAGCGCCGACCAACCAGCAGCAGACACCGAGCACUGACGCCCCCGCGCAGCAGCAGCAACAACAAACGCCCAGCACUGACGCCCCAACGUACCAGCAACAGACGCCUAGCACUGACGCCCCAACCUACCAGCAGCAGACGCCUAGCACUGAUGCCCCAACGUAUCAGCAACAGACCCCGGAGACGCAGGCGCCAACGCUUCCUCCUUCGACGGAAGCUCCCACGUUGCCGCCGACGGAGGCCCCGACUGCCGCGCCCACUCCUGAAGCCACGCCGGCGCCAACGGAGACGCCCGCCGUCUACCAGAACUCGGGAUCGGCUGACCACAACACCACCUCGGGAUCGAACGAGGCCCAGAUCGGCUCGGCCUCGACUUCGGGCUCUGUCUCGAACAGCGGCGACGAGGCUGGCAUCGCUGGCAGCAGCUCGAACUCGACUUCGAGCGGUGACGAGGCUGGCGAGGACCAGACGACGACGUCGAAGGCGGGUGAAACCGAGCAGCAGCAGUCCGAGCAAACCCAGCAGCAGAUCUCGGCCCAGCAGCAGGACGAGACGCAGCAGGCCAACACGCAGAGUGACGGCGGCGCCGCCUCGAACACCGUUGUGUUCGGUGUUGCAGGAGCUGCCUGCGCGGCUUUGGUGGCCUUUGGCGUCAUCUACCAGGCUCGCAAGCGUGCCGCCGGUCUCGAGGGCGCUGGAGGCAACCGCGACGGCCUCGCGGUCACGCCGUUGGACAACCGUUGCGCGCUGUAA